UCUACUUUGAAUAAUUUUAGGUGGUAUUCUAGAUAGGUACAUAAUACCUGUACAGUACAUUAAACCCGUUCAUACUUCAUUUCAUACAUUUUUACUUUUGCAAAAUCGUAUUUUUCAUCGUAGAAGAAUAGUUGGAAUUCCUUAUUUAUUUAUUUACAUUUUGCAUUAUUUAUUAAUACUUUCGUCCGAAUUACAUUUAAAAUGUACUUCAUUUCAAACACUGUAAAAGUUUCAAUUCCUAACUAUCUGGCGGGACUUCCUAUUCCUGAUUCUUUCGGUGGAUGGUUUCGUCUUAGCUUUCGUGACUGGCUUGCUCUUCUUCCACCAACCAUUGCAAUCGGUGGAAUCUCUUAUGUGGGCUACCAAACUGUGAAGAAGGUAAAAGAGGCUGGCAGAGUGAACUCCUGUAUCAGAAAAGACAUAAAUAAAGUUGUUGAUUUUAUUGAUAUUGAAGACAUUACAGAAAAGGCUUCUUUGUGCCGAUGUUGGAAAAGUAAAAAUUGGCCAUACUGUGAUGGAGCCCACGGUCCCCACAACAAGGAGACUGGUGACAAUGUUGGACCGGUUGUGGUCCGUCACAAGGAGAACAAAUAACUACUCCUACACUGUUGCACUAAAGUACUAAUCGAAAUAAAAUAAUAGUUAAUAUAAACCACUAACACACUUCAACAAUUAAAGCGCAUUUUAAGCAUUUAACAUAUUAAUUGUUAAAUCUCAACAUAUUUCUGUACGUCCAAACUCUGUGCUUGUAAAACCACCCCAAAUUGAAAAGAAGAUUGUCGUAUUAACGGCAUCGUGACGCGAUAGGCAAUUAUCAAUUUGCAAAUGUGACUCUUGAUUGGUGUGACGUCAUUAAGAUGGCCGCCUGUCCUAUUCUCAAUACGCGGGUAAUAAUAUUUAGUAAAUAACACAUUUAAAUUGGGUUGUGUGAAAAUGCGUCUAGCGAUUUUGACGCCACAAACCUUCCUGGAGGAUUGGGAUAGCAGUGGGUGUGCUCGCGCACAUAAAACCUGAAUAAUAAUUAUGCUUAAUCACCAAAAAACAAUGUAGUGCCUUUGUUUCACUUUAUAAAGAGAUAAUUAUAUGUAAUUUAGAAUUCAUAAAAUAUAUGUUAUCGUCAGAAUAUUUUAUUUGAUUGUAAUUUGAAUUUUAUAAAAUAUUAACUCUUUUUUUAAAUAAAUGAGUGUCAAUUUCUUGCCUUCUUUAAUUAAAAUUAUUUAUUUCGUAUAAAUAAUUUUUAUUAAAGAUUUAAAUUAUUAAGUUUUGUAGUGUGUUUUUGGUUCGUACCUACGUGAUAUUUUUUUUAUAUGUGGUGAAAUUGUAAAACAGUUGACUGUUACCAAAAUAGUUUUAAGUGCAAUCAUGAAUUUUAGUAGGUUGUAGAUUUUACUUAAUGUUUGUACCCAUUUAUUUUGUUACCAUUGGAUUUAGGAAAUAAAAUGUAUUGCUUUGA